AUGAAAUAUUCUAUAGCAAGGUCAUUUUUUUUUCUUUCAUUGUUUUUUUUUAUAAACAUAUCUAAAAAUGCUAUCAGAGGGCAUCCUGCAAGACCGGGUGAAUCGAGAAAAAGUGCAAGAGAAUUAAUUAAAUCAUAUAAAGAAAGAGAACAUGGGAUAAUUCAAGGUUAUUAUCCAUCAUGGGUGUCAUAUAAUCAUAAUAUGAAAGAUGUAAAUCCUGAGGUUAAUCUUUUAUAUCUCUCAUUUGCGAAGUUGGAUUUAUCAUAUGAUGAUAUAAAUUCUAUAAUUACAACUCCUUCACUUUUUAAAUCAUUAAUUGGUUUAGAAUACAUAGGAAUAAAUGAAUAUUUUAAUGAUGCAAUGCAAUUAAGAAAAGCACGUCCAGAUAUCAUAAUGAUUUUAUCUCUUGGAGGAGAAAAUUAUCAACCAAGUUCUCUAGAUGCUGCAUUAAAUAGUACGGAGAAAAUUGCAAAUCUUGUAGAUGAAUUGGGAUUUGAUGGAAUUGACGUUGAUUACGAACCAAACGGAUCAUUUGAUGCAUUAAAUAAUAUAAAUCAAGCUGAUUUUUUUGUUAAAUUUGUAACUAAAAUGAAAGAAUAUAUGUGUGAGGAUAAAUUAAUAUCAAUGUCACAUUCUUCAAAUGGAGCUUUGAGCUGUAUAGGAUUUCAUGAUCCCACAAAAAUUUGUUUGGAUGACAACUCUCCAUAUAAUGCAAAUUAUUUCCAAAAUCCUUCCGUUAAACCAGAAUUAUUAAGGGGAGCAAAUAUGGCAUCAGCGGGUAGUGCUAUAUAUAUAAUGAAUAAUUUGAAGGAUAUAGUUGAUAUUAUAUUUGUUCAAACAUUUAAUUAUAACAAUACCAAUGACCCAUCUAUUAUUCAUGAAUUAUAUGAUUCAUAUGCAUAUUAUGGUAGAAAAUAUGAUUACGUCAUUAUAAUGGGAUUUAAUAUGAUGUUUUCUGAUAAUCCUUUUAAGCCAAAUGACAAAGCAUAUGUAAAAUCUAUAGGAGAUACUAUAAAAAAGCAAAAUAAAUUAAAUAAAGCAGCUGAUGGUUUAGGAUUGUGGUCUUUGUCUAAUAAUUUAGCUGUUUUUAAUGAAAAUGAAGUUAUUCAAAAUUUUGUAGAGGCUUUACAUUAA